GUGACAUGUGAGCGGCGCCGGUGGCAGGUGGAAAGGCGAGCGGCAUGGAGCGCGUAAUAAGAGAGUUGGAGUCGGAAAGAGCCGCCCCAGUCGCCGGGGAAGCGGGCGGUCAGUGCGGGCUCCGGCGGCCCCCAGGCUCCGAGCGCCCGCCCCCGGCCCCGGCGCGGCCCCGGCCCGGCCCCUAGCCCCCGCCGCCUGCGCCCGGCCCGGGCCGCCCCGUCGGCCCCGGUCGCAGCCAUGAGCCGCUGAGCGCCCCGCGCUCGCCCCCGCCUCGGACCGCAGCCUGGCCCCAGCGCCCCCGCCCGGCACCGCCCAUGGCCGAGGCCCCCCCGCGCCGCCUCGGCCUGGCCCCCCCGCCUGGGGUCGCCCCCCGCGCCGAGCUGGUGGCGCUCACGGCCGUGCAGAGCGAGCAGGGCGAGGCGGGCGGGGGCGGGUCCCCGCGCCGCCUCGGCCUCCUGGGCAGCCCCCUGCCGCCGGGCGCGCCCCUCCCGGGGCCGGGCUCGGGCUCGGGCUCCGCCUGCGGCCAGCGCUCCUCUGCCGCGCACAAGCGCUACCGCCGCCUGCAGAACUGGGUCUACAACGUGCUGGAGCGACCCCGCAGCUGGGCCUUCAUCUACCACGUUUUCAUAUUUUUGCUGGUCUUCAGCUGCCUGGUGCUGUCUGUGCUGUCCACUAUCCAGGAGCACCAGGAACUUGCCAAUGAGUGUCUUCUCAUCCUGGAAUUCGUGAUGAUCGUGGUGUUCGGCCUGGAGUACAUCGUCCGGGUCUGGUCCGCUGGCUGCUGCUGUCGUUACCGAGGAUGGCAGGGCCGCCUCCGCUUUGCCCGAAAGCCCUUCUGUGUCAUCGACUUCAUCGUGUUCGUGGCCUCGGUGGCGGUCAUCGCCGCGGGCACGCAGGGUAACAUCUUUGCCACGUCUGCGCUGCGCAGCAUGCGCUUCCUGCAGAUCCUGCGCAUGGUGCGCAUGGACCGCCGCGGCGGCACCUGGAAGCUGCUCGGCUCGGUGGUCUACGCGCACAGCAAGGAGCUGAUCACCGCCUGGUACAUCGGGUUCCUGGUGCUCAUCUUCGCCUCCUUCCUGGUCUAUCUGGCCGAGAAAGACGCCAACUCCGACUUCUCCUCCUACGCUGACUCGCUCUGGUGGGGGACGAUUACACUGACGACCAUCGGUUAUGGUGACAAGACACCACACACAUGGCUAGGCAGAGUCCUGGCUGCCGGCUUCGCCUUACUAGGCAUCUCCUUCUUUGCCUUGCCUGCUGGCAUCCUUGGCUCUGGCUUCGCCCUGAAGGUACAGGAGCAGCACCGUCAGAAGCACUUCGAGAAGCGGAGGAUGCCAGCAGCCAACCUCAUCCAGGCUGCAUGGCGCCUCUACUCCACCGACACGAGCCGGGCCUACCUGACGGCUACCUGGUACUACUAUGACAGUAUCCUUCCAUCCUUCAGAGAACUGGCCCUCUUGUUUGAGCACGUGCAACGGGCCCGCAAUGGGGGCCUACGGCCCCUGGAGGUGCGGCGGGCGCCAGUACCUGAUGGAGCGCCCUCCCGUUACCCGCCCGUUGCCACCUGCCACCGGCCAGGCAGCGCCUCCUUCUGCCCUGGGGAAAGCAGUCGGAUGGGCAUCAAAGACCGCAUCCGCAUGGGCAGCUCGCAGCGGCGGACGGGCCCCUCCAAGCAGCACCUGGCACCUCCUCCAAUGCCUGCGUCCCCGGGCAGCGAGCAGGGGGCUGAGGCCAGCAGCCCUACCAAGGUGCAGAAGAGCUGGAGCUUCAAUGACCGCACACGCUUCCGGGCCUCUCUGAGACUCAAACCCCGUGCCUCUGCUGAGGAGGGCCCCUCAGAGGAAGUGGCAGAGGAAAAGAGCUACCAGUGUGAGCUCACGGUGGACGACGUCAUGCCUGCUGUGAAGACGGUCAUCCGCUCUGUCAGGAUCCUCAAGUUCCUGGUGGCCAAAAGGAAAUUCAAGGAGACGCUGCGACCAUACGACGUGAAGGACGUCAUCGAGCAGUACUCAGCAGGGCACCUGGACAUGCUGGGCCGGAUCAAGAGCCUGCAGGCUCGGGUGGACCAGAUUAUGGGCCGGGGGCCCGGGGACCGGAAGGCCCGAGAGAAGGGCGACAAGGGGCCCUUGGACGCGGAGGCAGUGGAUGAAAUUAGUAUGAUGGGACGCGUGGUCAAGGUGGAGAAGCAGGUGCAGUCCAUCGAGCACAAGCUGGACCUGCUGUUGGACUUCUACUCCCGCUGCCUGCGCUCUGGCACCUCGGCUAGCCUGGGCACCGUGCAAGUGCCGCUCUUCGACCCCGACAUCACGUCCGACUACCACAGCCCUGUGGACCACGAGGACAUCUCCGUCUCCGCACAGACGCUCAGCAUCUCCCGCUCGGUCAGCACCAAUAUGGACUGAGGCGCUUCUCAGGGGUUGGGACAGCUCACCGCCAGCCCCAGGACCGGGCGCUCGGACCCGCCCUGUGAGGCCUCCGGACUCCGCUCGGACUUGAACUUGCUGCCUCACGGGGAGAGAGGCCACACACAGUAUUGAGCUGCCUGGGUGGGCAAGAUACCGGCUGUGGGUACGAGCAACCCGCCCCACCUCAGGAGCGAGAGAUGCCAGUUCGCUCGGCCGGCAGCAGUAGCGGCUGCCCCGAGGCCUCUGGGCCCCCCAUUGCCCUGCCCGUUUCCAUCAAGGCCCGGCAUAGCUUGCCAGGCAGGGGCACUGCCCCGGGAGUGGGAGUGGGGCGCUGGGUACCUGGGCCCUGACCUAGCUUCCAGCUAUGCAAGGUGAGGUCUCUGGCCCGCCCUUCAGACAGAGCAGGGAGGGAAGCCCUCCUGCCAAGUCCCUGCCCCACUUGGGGGUGGGCCCAAGGUGCCACCACAGGUACCCACAAGCACAGGACCCUGCCACAAGGCAGAUAGGCACCAUAUAUGCAAACUAUGUUAAAUAUGCAACUUUGGGGACCCCCAUGGGGUCCCUCUGCCCCUCCCCCAUUGGGAGAUGGGCCCCCAGCUUUAGCUGGUCUCAGGCGGCUUGGCCAUGACCUCCAUCCCCCUCUUUGGCUUACCCCCUCCUUCUCCCCCUACCUACCCAGCCAGUAUGGGGCCAGUUUCUCCCUUGCUUCCCCAAGGGCAGUGCCUGGGCCUUUCUUUCCAUUUGCAGGUGUCCCUCCCUGUCCCCCAGGGGCACCUUCCUGCUGGCUGUUCACUCCCCUCUUUGACCCUCAGGACACCUUUGACAGCACAAGCUUCUGUAUUCCCCUCCAAACCUCGCAUAGACAAUGCUCCCAUGGUCACACAAACAUGUCCCUCUAGUCCCACAGACAUGCAGACACACACAAUCAUGCACACUUGGAGACAUGAGCACAGAGCCACUCAGCCAUUCUGGGCCUCUCAGCUGAUGACAGUGGGCUGGCCUUGCAGGGUGAUGUCCACUAAGAGGAAGCCUGCCACUCCAUUUGGGUGGGAGAGAGAACUCUGAGGUGACCCCAGGUCUUUCCAGGCACAACUCCAGAGCUUUAGCAGCUCCCCUUUCUCAAGAAGAUCUACUCCUCACUGAUUCAGGAGCCAUAACUGCUGCCUCUGCCUGCCCCCAAGGGCGCUCUUCAGCAUCCCCACAGCAUAACUCAGUCCUAGACCUCCGGGGCCUGGACAGCACUGGAAAGACCCCAGGCCCUUGCCCAGGUUGGUUAUCAGGCCUGCUUCUGUCUAGGUUUGCCCCCUUCCUUGUCACUCUAAUUCUCAGAGAGAAUAAUAAUUCUCUUUUUUGGUAGGCACCACUCUGCAUCUGGCAUUCACACGCACUGUUUCCCCUCCUUCCAUACCCAUCUCUUCACUUCAGUUGACAGCUCUCCAUGCUGGUAUAAUCCCCCCACCCCCCAUCCACUCCAGGCCCCUAGCACCUCUUUGGUAUCCCUACCCCUUUGUCCCUCUUCUACAAAGCCAAUGCAGAUGGCAGGAGGGUGAUGGGUAGUGGACCAAUGGUGACCCCCCUGUAGGGUGCCAGGGAACAAGGGGCUUGGGCCCAGCUGCCUACAUCUCAUGAUUGGGGAUCUGCAUGCACCAGCACCAGGGCUGGGGUUGGAUCUUGCUCAGUCCCAUGGUGCCCAGCCUCUGCCCCAACAGACCCUUUGCAUGUGACCAUCACGUCCUGGAUGGAGCCUCUCCUGGCUCACCUCACCUGCACUGCACUGUCCCCAGAGAGCCACCCCUCCACCCCCUCAGAAACAGAGCUGUGGAGAGGGACAGGAGAAUGGGAUUACCCUAUGACCAAUGGAGACUUGGGAAGAAGCCCUCCCUCCUUCCAGAUCGAAGUUCCCCCACCAACCUGGUUCGUGGAUAUGCAAGUACCUCACUUUAUAAGUUAACUUAUUAACUUAUUGGUUUCAUUAAAGUUUUC